UGUGGCAGAACUGUGGUUACUCAGGGCCGAGUUAUCGGGGGCGUAGAUGGGCAACAUGGAUCAUGGCCCUGGCAAGUUGGUCUGUACGUAGGGGACUCUAAGUUCUCUUGCGGAGGCUCCCUCAUUAAACCAGACUGGGUCUUAACAGCAGCGCAUUGCAUCGAUCCAAAACUGCAAGUCAGCGAUUAUCGAGUUCGCUUGGGAGACUGCCAUCGCUUCUAUUAUGACGGUACAGAGCAGGUCCGCAACGCGUCCAAAGUCAUUGUGCAUUCACAGUACCAUCGUCCAUACCUUAUCAACAACGACAUUGCUCUCAUCAAGCUCGAUCGCCCAGCGUUGCUAAACAGUCACGUGAACACCAUCUGUCUUCCUCAGCGUGGAAUCAGUGCACCUUUAAAUAGCACCUGUUAUAUUACAGGUAAGUUAAAAUUUCUUCCGUUUAUGUGUGUUCAUAAAUACUAUUGAUCAAGCGUGGGGUAACGUUGGCUGGAUAUUCCCUAAGUUCUUUGUAGCGUUUUUAUGGAUCAAGAUGAAGUAGUGGUCUAUAAAAACGCCAAAAAUAACGAGGCUAAUAUUCCGACAUAUUCACCAAACAAGCUUGUUCUAUAAAGGAUUUAUUACUUGGCCAAAAAGAUAAUUAUUUUUUGCGGGACUAACCCGGGAAAUCCCGGGCGUGUCGCUUGGGUUGCCAAACAGAACACAGGGCUCGCUUCAUCUUACCCACUCAUGGAUCAAACAGCUCUGAAUUAUGUUUGCGGUACGCUGAACACUCAGCAAUCUAACUGUAGUAUGUUCUGCUAGUUGCCAAUUGACUGAGAUUAUAUAGCUCAAUAGAGAGGAAAGUUUUGAUUUAAAGUCCCGAACCCAAAUUGCGCUCAUUUUUCUUGAAAAGGAGAAAGAAUUCACUGGGAGAGAGUUUAAUUGAAAUAGAACGUUUCUACCCAUGUUUGCUCAUGAGCCAAAGUUUACUAAAUUAUUUGAGGGGCGGUAGAGGAAGUAGAAAGGAUUUAUAUUAACCAAGGUAAAAUAACUUCUGCGAACAUUAUGGAAGCAAAACAAUUUACUAAUCGAGCCCAACAAUUCUCUCUUUCUCUCCAGGAUGGGGUAAAGUUAAAUUUCCAGGAGGCUCUUACCACAAACUUCAACAAACCCAGCUGCCCCUCGUAUCCAACAGGGAAUGCUCAGCGAAGAUCCUCGCUUCUCCGGUGGCGGGAAAACUACACAUAACUAAACAAAUGGUCUGCGCAGGAGAGCUGAACCCCACUCGAUUGCAGGGUGGUUGUCAUGGUGAUAGUGGAGGUCCAUUCGUUUGCAAAGACCCGCUAUCUGGGAAGUUUAUCUUGGAAGGAGCUGUUAGUUGGGGCUCUUCAAAUUGUAAUUUUAUCCAAGAGAAUAAACAAUACACCGUUUUCGCUCGUGUCAGCGAGUUUCGUGAUUGGAUAGAUCAGCAAAUUGCCAAUAACUAA